AUGCAGAGGUCGUUUCCCUUAAAUGACGCAUUGCGCCUGCCUUUGGGUGUUUCGAAAAGUGAGCAAGGGACGCCGCAUCGACGCUUGAGUGCAGUGACAAAUGGGCAAAGGUUUCUGUAUUUUUCUGAACGAGUUCAGAUAAAGAAACUAGUCCACAAUUAUAGGUUUAGGGUAACUACAAUGAAUAUGGAAACUUUAACUGGUAAAAUUAUGGAAUUGGUAGAUGUCAUGACUAGGAGGAGAGUAAGUUUAGUUUGCGUACAAGAAACUAAGUGGACGGGUGAGAAAGCUCGGGAAAUAGAUGAUACCUAUUUUAAGCUAUAUUAUACUGGCAAGGAUAGACACAUGAAUGCUGUAGGAAUAAUAGUUGUCAAGGGUCUUGUAGAAAAUAUAGUUGCGGUCAUUAGGAAAUGUGACAGGAUUAUGUUAGUUAACUUAGUUAUUCGAGAGAAUAUAAUGAACGUUUUUAGUGGAUACGUCCCUCAAGUAGGAUUAGACUAUUAG